GGAUCGAGAUGACGGGCAGGAGGACAUCCCUGAGCCGGAGGAGAUCGCUCGGGAGAUCGGCUCCCUCAUAGAUGCCUUGCCGCCUCCCCGGGAGCUGCCUGCUGAGUCCGCACCGACCCAAAAGCCAGAAACUCAACUAGACCCCAGCGGGCCCCCACUUCCCCCGACCCUGACGUCGGAUAGCCGGCUGAUGAGGCUCCUGAGCUCAGAGCGGGUGAUGAACGGGUCACUUUCGCUCGGGAGGCAGAGCGUGUGGUCCAUGCUCGAGCAGCUGAAACAGCGAUCGAGCGCCCUGUACUCUUCCGCGUCUCUGCGGGGCAAAGGCAAGGCGAAGGAGGGGCCCGAGGCGGAGGAGCAUGUCCGAGAGGACGGGGGCGUAAUGAUGUACGCCCCGCUGGAGCCGACCCCCGAGUCCGAGCUGGAAUUGGCUGAUUCGGAAACGGUUCCAGGGACUCCUGGGGAAAUCAAAGAUACUGAACAAGUCCCGGCUGAAGAGCCGAGCAAAGUCGAGCCCUCGAAGAGCCAUCGGAAGCGUAAAACCGUCGAGCACGUCCACUGGGUUCCAUCUACCACCAAGAUAUCGGUACAGGCUAUGUGGUGGGGAUAUCGCAUGUAUCUCCCUCCCCCGAUCAUGAAGAAGCUUGACAACAAGCACCUCGUCGCUACCAAACGAGCCGCAAUGAUCACAGCAGCCCUGAAAUGGAUGCUGGACAAGAUCCCCAUUGCGGUCGUACCUCCCCAGAUCCGACCCGCCGCGCUCGUGCUGAAGCGGCUCGCACCUUAUCUCGGGUACGUCGGUGUCUUCAUCGCAUGGAGCUGGAACUCGAUCCAGCAGUCCGACAAAGGGGAUGGGAUAGUUCUGACUGCAACCUGGUUGCUGCCAGUUGCGCUGCUUCCAGCGCCUCUGAAUCCCCAAGAUUUCGUUCGUCCGAAUGCGAAGGCUGCUGUUCCUGUGGAU